ACAACACUUGUUGCCGACGCUCGUGGCUGGUCGCUGAUAGCUGUCCCACCAACAGAACACGUGACAAGAUGGUACGAGCAACCUGCGUUUUGGCUUUCUGUGCUCUCUUCGCUCUCCUGCUGGUGGUGCCGUCUUCAGCAUAUCCCAGGUAUCUCGGCAACUACUAUCGCGAAGAAGGCCCAUAUGAACCAGAGGAAAUCAUGGAUAUGCUGAAUCGCCUUGGAAGUCUCCUUCAAAUUGAACGCAAAAUGGAAAACUUUAAAGAUGACAUUACUAGCGAGAAACGUGCCCUGGAUCUAGGCCUCAGCCGCGGAUACUCUGGCGCUCUGCAAGCUAAACACAUGCUCGGAGUCGCUGCCGCCAACUCCGCCUUUGGACCAGGCAGGAGGCGACGAGACACCCAAUAGAUACAAACCAGUAUUCGGCACAACGAGGCGAUUAUGUAACAGUGUAGUAUCUCCAGGAUAUUAGAAAAUAUCGCCUCAAUUGCCAUGAUCAGUUACACUGGCCACAAUCACGACAACAUCCAUAAACAUAAUAAUAAGAUCUCUUAACAAGCGCCUAUUAUCUAAGCAAUAUCAUUAGGCGGACAUGUGAAUCCAAAAUUUAUUUUAUAAUUAAAUUUCCGUGCUGCCUCUAAGCCUUGGUUAUCAUUAAUUGAUCAUUAUCUAUUAUAAUAUUGAAAUAAUACACUUCAAUAAAAUUCACUGUUCAAUUAUAACUUUUAUGUUACCUGUUCUCUCAUAAUUAUUUAUUGGUAGAUUUAGAUCUCUGAAAAAUGUCGUGAUAAAAUAUCUUUACAAUCUAGUCAUUUUAUUACUUUAUUCUAUAACCGUAUAAAAAGUAUUUAAAAUUUGCCUCUAAUGUACUUAGCUUAAAUUUUACAAUAUUAUGUUUGAAGAUUGACUGAUUUAGCAUAAUACACUAUUGUGAUAUUUUUAAUGAUUUUUUGUCCAUUUAAACUCGGAGAAUACAAAUCACAAAACUGUUCCCUUAUAACUUCCUUCACAUUUUAUAAAAUCACAAGUUUUAGAAAAACGCUUAAAUUAUAAUUAAUAUAAAUUAGAGAUGUUCAAGAACUAUCCCAGCUUUCUUUUUAUUAAUAGUGAUUUAAUGUUAAUAUUCCAUUAAAUGUAUGUGGCAAAUUAAUUUAGUAAUUAGUUUAAUGUAAGUAAUAAAAAUACCUCCUGUCUAGAGUUUAUUGUUAAAAAUAAAGAGAUAUUCAUAUUU